ACCGAACGGUACUGCGUGGCCGAGGAGCGAAGUGGACACUGCGCUGUGGUGGACGGGAACUUCCUCUAUGUCUGGGGAGGAUAUGUGUGUUGGUUCUCCUCUCAGCUACCUCUUCCAGCACCAGUAACUUCUCUGCAUCAAAAAUUGACUCGGCCUUAAAGUACUCCAGCAGGACCACAGUAUUGUACUAUUGUUGCCGAGUCUCACAACCUAUUAGAGAUGUGAUUAAAAUCGAAGAUUUUAGAAAAUUGCUAGACCACACUUAAUUUCUAGUGUAUUACUAAAUGGUUUUAUGCCAUGUGUUUUUCUUGUUAGUAUUUUCAUUUUAUCUUUUUGAGAAUCCCAAGAGAACUCUGUUUUAUUGUAUAGAAUUCAUGUUAAAAGUUAACAUACAAUCUAUGACAAAUCUGUAAUCUGAUAUCAGUCUUUCUGUUCCAUGGAAACACAUUAUAUAGUUAUCCAUUUAAAAUUAAAUAUUUGUGAAAGAUUACAUCUGUAGAGAGUAUUAAGAUGGCAGGUGGCCAAAUCAAAAUUUAUUUCAAACAUGAUUUGAUAUUCUCUCCUUUACAAAACAUGUUUUUCCUGUAGCCAGGUAGAAUUUUGGCUUACCGCUCUGAGAAAUGUGAUUACCAUGAUAAACACUACUUCUGGCUUAUUUCUUUACUAAAGCUCUUCAGGUUCAAAGCAGGCUGGGUAAUGGAUAUCUACUGAUAUUACAGGAAUUCUCUUAUUGGCUAAUAAUCCUCUACCUCAGUUUAAAUUGAGACAAGUGUCCUCUGUUUGAUUUGGUUUCUCUCUAUCCAUAAUUGUAUAUUUAAAAGGUUUUUAACUAGUAAUUUACUAUGUUCAUCCACUCAAAUAGCAAAUUUUGACAUAAUUUUGAUAAUAGAAAUAAGCUUUUAAAGAAACAAGCUUCUCUUUUCUGGUUGUAAUAGCUGCUGUGAAGGAAGGGUGUGUGAAUUUCCUGCCUUCCUCUCCUACCAGGGAAGAUAACAAUCUUGUGGCCUGGAUUCUAGUACUGUCACCAAACAGUCUUCUAUUAUGCUCAGUUGCAUCUCUCCCCACCUUCCUCCAUGCUCUACUUUGCUACAGGUCUUAGAUCCAUUUGCUUUUCCUUCAUUUUGUCAGAGGAGUAGCACCUAGUGCCUCUAUUCCAUGCUGACUUGGCAGAAGAAGCAUUGAGGAAUCAGUACAGGUCACAGUCCUCUGCUUGUCUCUCUCUUCUCUGUAUCUUGGCUUUUUUGGCAAAAGCAAAUUGUUUCCCAAACUAAAAGCCCUGGAAUCCUGGGAUCUUUGGGUAACAUCUGUGUGUUAGCACUGCUGUUCGACCAAGUUUCUGCAACAGUUCUCCAAGGGGAAGGAGUCCAUUCCUAAAGAUAGCCAGACCUUUAUUAAGAAAUAUUUUGAAGGCUGUGGAGUUUCAUCAUUCUGAAUGAAGGGAAAGCUAACCUUAUUUUGACAUUUGAUUUUUGAUGCUUUAGAAAUCAAAUGGAGAAAGAAGUUUUCAUUUGAAAUUGCAUUGGUAGUACAUAUCAAUCCCCCAACCUAAUAAUAAAAGAUUUCUGUAUCCCUACACUGUUCCUUAAAUGAUAAAAGGUUUGGAUCUCACCUGAAAGGUUGAAUGUCAGUUACUAUUUCCUUCAUGUGGGCUGAUUGAGUUCAGAAGUCACCUACUAUACAAGCCCAAUUUGGGAACACAGGUCCUAUCAGAGAAACCUGAGUUCAAGUCAUGAAUCUAUAGUGUUUAUAGGACUUAGUUUCUUAAGACCUAUAGAUGUUUUUAAUUGGUUAUAAGCAGGAGAGGAAAGAAACAAAAAAGUAAUGAGGGAAAAAAGAAACGUAGAUAGGAAGAAAGUUAAGAAUGUCAACAAGAAUUAUUUCAGUGCCACUGGAGCUACAUGAGUUGCCUAGAAUUGAUGUAGGUCAGCAAUUUUCAAACUAUAUUCUGGGGAACUUCUGAGACCCUUUUAGGAGGUCCUUGUGGUCAAAACUAUUUUCAUAACUAAGAUGUCUUAAUUUUUAAUAUAGUAAAUACUGAUAAAUAUAACAUGUAAACAAAAACAUUUGGGAAUCCCUAAUAAUUUUUAAGAGUGAAAAGGGGUCCUGAGACCAGAGUUUGAGAAUAACUAUCCCAAGAUCAUCAUGGCUUAAAGGAUUCCUGGGAUUCUUGAGUUGCUCCAGUUACUUCGUUUUUUGUUUUUUUUUUUUCUAGAAUAAGUCAUAGGAAGGCUGUAGGUGUCUUGGACUAAAUUAGAUUCACCUCUGUCCCUGAAUAUCUCCUCUCAAAGGUAUUCUUUAAACAGGGAACAACACAGGACUAAGCUAGUUCUCUAGGUGAACCGUGCUUCAAAACUGCAGUGCCCUCUAAAGUCUAUUGAAGACAAUGAAGUGUAUUUGCCUAAUGAUGAAAUUUGGAUCUAUGAAAUUGACAAUGGUUUGUGGACAAUGCAUCUUAUGGAAGGAGAACUCCCUACAUCCAUGUCAGGAAGUUGUGGUGCCUGCAUUAAUGGAAAACUCUAUGUUUUUGGAGGAUAUGAUGACAAAGGAUAUAGCAAUCGACUCUAUUUUGUUAAUUUACGAACAAGAGAUGGAACAUUCCAAUGGGAAAAAAUCAUUGACUUUAAAGGACAGCCACCUACACCGCGAGACAAACUUUCUUGCUGGGUAUAUAAAGACAGGUUAAUAUAUUUUGGUGGUUAUGGAUGUAGGAAACACAGUGAACUCCAAGACUGUUUUGAUGUUCAUGAUGCAUCUUGGGAAGGACAGAUAUUUUGGGGUUGGCAUAAUGAUGUCCAUGUUUUUGAUACAAACACACAGACUUGGUUUCAACCAGAAAUAAAAAAUGGAAUCCCACCACAGCCUCGAGCAGCUCACACAUGCGCAGUACUUGGAAAUAAGGGCUAUAUUUUUGGAGGACGAGUAUUGCAAACCAGGAUGAAUGAUUUGCACUGUCUGAACUUAGAUACUUGGACUUGGUCUGGAAGGAUUCAUACUAAUGGAGAGAAACCAAAACAUCGGUCUUGGCAUACUUUGACACCAAUUGCUGAUGAUCAGCUUUUUCUGUUUGGUGGAUUAAGUGCAGAGAAUAUUCCUUUAAGUGAUGGAUGGAUUCACAAUGUUGUAACAAAUGGUUGGAGACAGCUUACACAUUUACCUAAGACAAGGCCCAGGUUAUGGCAUACUGCCUGUCUGGGAAAAGAAAAUGAAGUAAUGGUAUUUGGUGGGAGCAAAGAUGAUUUACUUUUUAUGGAUACAGGUCACUGUAAUGAUUUAUUAAUAUUUCAAACUCAACCUUAUUCACUUCUCAGGUUAUGUCUCGACUGCAUUGGUAAAAAUGCUGUCAUCUUAGAAAGUCAGAUAACUUUAUUACCUCCAAAGCUUCUUCAGCAAGUUCUCAAAAAAAUAACAUUUUGGACUGCAGCUAAUCAUCGACAAGAACAAAGAGCUAAAACUGAAGAAACAGACAAAUAUCUUUGAAUUGUUAUUGUUAUAUAUAGUAUAUAACUAUGUUGAACAUUUUGGAAAAGAAAAAACAUUUGGAAAAGCUAUUAAUAGCUUUAAUUCUGGUAUUCUCCUCAAAAAACAGUAUUUGGCAGCAAAAAAAAAAAGUACUUUUGGAGGGAUUAUAUAAUAAUGAUGGAUGUUAGAUAUAAGAAUGGCAGAUUAACUUAAAAUUUUAAGAACAGGCCACCUUUCAAAUAAGUUUGUAGUAAGGUUAUUCUUCUAGAAAACUAGUAACUAAUAGAAAAUAAGAAUUUAUUCCAUUGUUCAAUCUUCACUGAAAAUAUUAUGCAAAAUAUUCAGGAAAAUGAGCGAUUUGUCUAAGAAUUCAGGAAUGUGAAGAAACACAUGUGCCCUGAAAUCUUAUAUAUUUUACUUUUUGUUACUGAUUUUUGGAGAGAAUAAAUUCUCUCAAGUAACAAACAAUCUUUAAGUUUUUAUUUUUAACCUAAUAAAUAUUGCUAAUGUUAGCCAUGAAAAAAUAUUGGGAUGAAUGAUAUUAAACACUGAAUUGUCCUGCCUUUUUACAUAUGUUUCUGAGAUAUCCUUAUUACCUUAAACAGCCGAUACAAUGAAUGGUAUAAGAUGUUUAGUUAAUUUUGUGUAUAACAACAUGAUAACAAGUAGCAUUUAGGUGAGUAAUGUGGGUUCAUUAAGAAAUAAUUUUUGUAAUAACCUACAGUUCUAUAAACAUAUUGCUUCAUAAAAAUGCUUCCUGUGAAAUUUUUAUGUUAAAUGAAAGGUGAUAACUCAAUAACAGCUCAAAAGAAGUUCCUAUCCAUAAUUCCUUAUAAAAUAAUAAGAAGUAGAUGCUCAGGAUGCUUGGGUGAUGAACAUAUAGUAUCUCCCCUUUAAUCUCUGAUAUUGCUACUUAUGGGAAAAUGGCAGGCUAGAGUAAUACCAAUUAGACCUAAUUAAAGAAUGUGCUAAAGGUUUAAUGUGUGACCACAGACUUCCAUUUUAGUUGAGUCUUUUACAUUCUUGAUCUUUAUUCCAGAAUUGAAAUUGUUCAAACUAUUUUUGAAAUCUAUUGGCAUUACAUAUUUCUACAUUGAAAUAUAAUUAACAAUGCAAAUUGUAAUAUAGUUUGUUAUAUCUCUAAUCACUGAAAGUUUUUAGAGAUAUAUUUUAUAUAUAAUAGUG